CGGACUAUGUCUUCUCAAGGCAUUGAGUCCUAUGCCCCAUGAUGGGGCAGGCUUUAAUGACCUUCCUAAUCGGGAUGGGAUAUCUGUAGUAUUUUUUUUCCUGCGACGACGACGACAUCCCAAUCCUUUAGGUAGCUAAUAAGAAGACAUAUCCUUGGAACCAUGUCGACAGUGGCGGACCAACGCCGCAGUGUCCUCAUAACGGGCUGCUCUCAGAAUGGCCUAGGGUAUGCUAUGGCAGUGGCUUUCCACAAUGCUGGCCUCCGUGUCUUCGCUACGGCGAGGGACCCCACGCGAAUGUCUGGGCUGAAAGAUCUGGGCAUCGAGUGUUUAAAACUUGAUGUUUGCGAUGAGGAGUCGAUUCUAGAAUGUGUCGAGGAGAUCAAGAGGUUGACUGAGGGGGGGUUGGAUUGCCUGGCCAACAAUGCAGGUGGAGGAUACAAUAUGCCCGUCUCAGACAUUGCGGUCGACGAAGCAAAAGCCCUGUUCGACCUGAACGUAUGGUCCUACAUCAGCGUCACAAAGGCUUUCCUGCCACUACUCUUGCAAAGUGCCACCAAAGGUACAAGCGCAAAGUUCAGUCCAAGCCUAAUCAUAAACAACACAUCCGUAUCGUCCGUGGAACCCACGCCACAUAACUCAGUGUACCACGCCUCCAAGGCCGCGGCUGCAAUGUUCAGCACACACAUGCGAAUCGAACUGGCGCCGUUCAACGUGCGUGUCGUGGACCUCAAGACGGGCUGUGUGCACUCGAAGUUCCAUGCGAAUCAUCAGGCGGGCAAUGCCAGUCUGCCUUCUACGUCGAUAUAUCAGCCUGUUAAGGACGAGACGGAGAGUGCUAUGCGUGGUGCCUUUCCUCACCGUGAGGAUCCGGAGAAGUGGGCGAAGGAUGUUGUGAGAGAUAUCGUGCGGAAUUGGAACAACCCGCCGAAGGAGGUAUGGAGGGGAACUGGGGCUUGGAGGACGUGGUUUGCGAAUAGCUUCUUUCCUGUGGGUUGGUGGGAUGAGAGUUGGAGGAGGGCGGUUGGAUUGCAUUUGCUCAAGGGGAGGUUGCAUUGCUGAAGCUUGUAACAUUGGACAAAGACAAUGAAGACGUACAAUCCUGCCCAGUAUGUUGAAUGCAUAUGUACAGAGACCAUGCUUACACCUGCCCUGAACGCCUUGCUCUUUCUACCAGAUCGACUAUGUUCAAAUCCAAAGAAAAUCAUACACACAAAUCAACGCCGGUAUUUGCCAUCUCUCUAUGC